UUCUAGCUCUCGUAGAUUCUAUGGCAGCGAUCUUCUCGACUAGCGACUGCCUGUCGUCGCAUGUGAUAUGCCCUCAGAAUGCGUGAUGAACAAAACUGGAGGACCUUUCAUUUGUUUACGAAGAAUGCAGCCAAACUGCUUUGUUCAUGUGCUUGCCUGCAAAGGGCGAUAGCGCUGGUGAAGGCGAGACUUGUGAUAAUUAUUAUGAGAGGGGUUCAGUACGAAGCUAUUUUGGCUAGUUUGCCCGCCCAAACCCUAGCCCUAGGCGGCGGGAUCUAGAGCAAACAUGAGUGUAUGACUAGUGCUGUAGUAAAAGUGGCUGUAGUGGCUGUGUGCAGUGUGGUGCUGCUAGUACUAGGAUUUGCUACUAGGAUUUGCUACCUACAAUUAAAGGAAAGUCAAAUACUACUGUACCUGGUAGUGGUAGUAGGAACUUUCGCGAUGAGGCUACCGGUCGGUUGUGUUCGUUUGGUGGAGGUCGUUCUGAUCAUAAACAAGGCAGUAGUCGCGAUAGGGGUGCUGACCUCGCCCAUAGUGCUUGUUGAGAGGUUCAACAAGAUCUACAAUUACACUGGUGGUAAUGCUGCGACUAGUCCGUGUGAUUACAACACGUCUAACACCAGCACUGGUUCUGAUGAAGACCUUGCCACACAGAUUGAGGCAAAAGUGUCAGCCUGGACGUGGUAUACAACACUGCUGAGUCUGCUGCCAGCAGUUCCUUUGACUGCUGUGGUAUUUGGUCCCUGGUCCGAUGUUUCCGGACGGCGUCCCAUAAUCAUACUGGGAACACUUGGCAAUUUCAUCUCCUACAUGGGCAUGCUGCUUUUCCAUGUGUAUGAGCUACCCUUCUACUGCCUAAUACUAAGCAGCCUGUUCCAGGGACUGGUGGGUGGCCAGGCUGCUGCAAUUGGUAUGUCCUUUGCGUACAUCAGUGACGUGACCACACGGGAGCAGCGCACAGCUCGCUUAACGAUCGUGGAAGGAGUAGUGUUUCUGGCUAGUGCAGCCGGGUAUGCUAUCGGGUCCAAUCUGACACAACACUUUAAUCCCUACGUUGGGCUGUCAGUUGCUGCCGCAAUGAUGCUGCUGCAAAUUGUGUACGUCGUGUUCUUCCUGCAAGACGGGGACUACCUGGGAAAGGCAGCAGCAAGUAAUGGGAAAUUUGAGAGCAUGUCUGUACGUAUCCGUAAACACCUUGGCCGCAUCCAGCACGUGUAUCUUAGCCCGUCGGAGCACCGGCUCAGCCUGUGGCUAUUGCUGCUCACGUUCUGUGUGCUGAUGGUUGUGAUGCUGGGAUCCAGCACCGCUGAUUUCCUCUUCAUGAGACUGAAGCCAUUCUGCCUAAGCGAGAGAAAUCUGGGAUACGUGAUCAUUGCGAAGUCAAGUCUCUUUGCCAUGUACGGCUUUAUCCUGGCACCGCUUGCGAGAAGAAUUGGUAUUUCGGAUCGGACACUCGCUGUGACGGGCAUUAUUUUCUUUGCUGCCAGCAAAGUCCUUUCUGCGGUGGCAACUGACGUUGUCUUCUUGUUCAUCGUAUGUGUGGUUUCCAUGCCGAUGGUUGUCGUAGCGGCCGUAUGCCGCUCUAUGAUGUCCAAGAUGGUGGAUGCUGCCUAUCAAGGUACACUAUUCUCUGUGGUAGCUGGGCUGGAGGCCCUCUCGUCAGCACUAGGGUCGGUUCUGUACAACAACUGCUUUGAGAAGUUCUCUAGCUACGCGUCGCUGCCGCUGGUCAAGCAGCCAGCCGGCUACAUGUACUUUGUGACGGCCUCACUGCUCAUACCGUGUCCCUUUGUACUCUGCUAUGUCCACUACCGACAGCAGUCACGGCAGAGGAAAUACAGCAAGUUGCCAGGUGUCAGUGAACCGGGCAUACAGGCCGAUGAGAUGUGAGUCAAGCGGCUUAUGAUGCCGCCGUCGAGCUGUUUGAAUGUGAGAUACAGUGCAAGUACUCAUGGCACAGCACAGCACUCGGGACUCAUGCGGCUAGGUUGGCGUGUGGCACUGUCCCAACUGUCUCAGUCUGAUCAUUGCUAAACGUAUACCCUCCUGGCUAUACCCAAGACCACUAUGAACCGUCCAGUGCUUACAGCGCUGUGCAUGUGGAAUUUCAAUUUUGAUUUAGUUAGAAAUUAAUAUAUUAUUUUGAUUCAAGUUAUAUUGUGUGCUAGUCCAUCAUCAGCAAUGUCCUGAUGCAUGAAUUCUAUGAAAGUAUCAACCGAGAAUAUGGCAUUGGAAAUGAAAUGAUUUUUGCUUCAAGUGUUGUUUAACACCAAGCGGCUAUUAAUUUUAUGAUUUAGUUGAAACCCUCACUCAGCUCUCUCUCUCUCUCUCUCUCUCUCUCUCUCUCUCUCUCUCUCUCUCUCUCUCUCUCUCUCUCUCUCUUUCUUUCUCUCCUUUCUCUGUGCUUUCAUUUUCGAUUGACGUUUCCGAAAUUGAUGGAUUUUUUAACUAGA